GUCUGACAACCCUGCCGACGGCCAUACUUGAAAAUACAUUUUUUUCUGCAAAGUUUGUCAUUGUCACUGUGUGAAUGGAAUCUGUGAUGCGUUGUGGAAUUAAAAGCGUGCAGUAAACGACCCGUAAUGGUUCAAGUGCUCGACGCGUCGGCGAAUGCAGUGCGAAUAACUAUGAAUUGAUACGAAAGUUGCAUAACACGUCGCCUGGUGUCGCGGUUAGUGUGUUUUUCGUCUCGUUUCGUUUCCGCCGCAGUCGCAAUUUCCAGAAAACCUCACCACACCACACACCACCACCACGCACAUACACACACACAUACGCACGCAAGGGCAGAGACGCGGCGGCGGAAAAAGUGUGCGGACCGUGGAUAUAUCCCCUCGUUCCGAACCCGAAUCGCAGUUUUUGUGCCCCAACGAGUGUGGCGUAGCCAAUGUGCUGUGCGAUCCCCGCUGCCCCCUCCGUACCGCCGCCACCCCCGCCACUGCAGCAACGCACACGGACAGGGCUACGGACAGCAGUACCAGUACCAGUACCAAUAGCAAUACCAAUACCAGCGCACUCCAGCACGGCCGACAAAGAAAGAGCGAUCUCUUCCUCUUUGUACAGUUAGUUCCUACAGCUGAAUCGGCCGAAAAGAGAGCGGGGAGCAAGUUGCUCGCAGGAGGUUGCAUGUGAAGACGAACGCCCCCUCCCUCCUCCCGAAAAGAGAAAAUAGCAAUAUGAGUCUGCUGGCCACGCCAAUGCCCCCGGCGGCCAACGCCUCAUCCGCUGCCGCCUCGUCCGCCUCCGCCAGCGGGAUCCCGCCCAGCAACAACAACCUGCCCUUCGAGAAGGACAAGAUCUGGUACUUCAGCAACGACCAGCUGGUCAACUCGCCCAGCAGAAGGUGCGGCAUCAAGGGCGACGACGAGCUGCAGUACCGCCAGAUGACCGCCUACUUGAUCCAGGAGAUGGGCCAGCGUCUGCAGGUCUCGCAGCUGUGCAUCAACACGGCCAUCGUGUAUAUGCAUCGCUUCUACGCCUUCCACUCCUUCACCCACUUUCACCGGAAUUCGAUGGCCUCGGCGAGUUUGUUUCUGGCCGCCAAGGUGGAGGAGCAGCCGCGGAAGCUGGAGCACGUCAUCCGGGCGGCCAACAAGUGCCUGCCGCCGACCACCGAGCAGAACUACGCGGAACUCGCCCAGGAGCUAGUCUUCAACGAGAACGUCCUGCUGCAGACGCUGGGCUUCGAUGUGGCCAUCGAUCAUCCGCACACGCAUGUGGUGCGCACCUGCCAGCUGGUCAAAGCAUGCAAGGAUCUGGCGCAGACGUCGUACUUCUUGGCCUCGAACAGCCUGCAUCUGACCUCGAUGUGCCUGCAAUACCGCCCCACCGUGGUGGCCUGCUUCUGCAUUUACCUGGCCUGCAAGUGGUCCCGCUGGGAGAUCCCCCAGUCGACGGAGGGCAAGCACUGGUUCUACUACGUGGACAAGAGCGUCUCGCUGGAUCUGCUGAAGCAGCUGACCGAUGAGUUCAUCGCCAUCUACGAGAAGAGUCCGGCCCGCCUCAAGUCCAAGCUCAAUUCGAUCAAGGCGAUCGCCCAGGGAGCCAGCAAUCGGACGGCCAACAGCAAGGACAAGCCGAAGGAGGACUGGAAGAUCACCGAGAUGAUGAAGGGCUAUCACUCGAACAUAACGCCGCCACCGGAGCUGCUGAAUGGCAACGACAAUCGGGAAAGGGAGCGGGAGCGAGACAGGGAGCGGGAUCAGUCGUCGCUGCUGCCGCCACCGGCAAUGGUGCCGCAACAGAGGCGCCAGGAUGGCGGCCACCAGCGCUCCUCCUCGGUGGGCGGUGUGCCGGGCAGCAGCUCCUCGUCGUCUUCCUCCUCCAAUCACAAGAUGCCCAGCUACCCGAGUGGCAUGCCCGAAGUGCAUCCAGAUCACAAGUCCAAGCAGUCGGGCUACAGUCGCCUGCCCUCCAGUCACCAGCGUAGCAGUAGCAGCGGCCUGGGCUCCUCGGGCAGCAGCAGCAGCCAGCGCAGCAGCUCAUCCUCGUCGUCGUCGUCGAGCCAACAGCCCGGCGGCCGACCGUCUAUGCCCGUGGACUACCACAAAUCCUCGCGAGGCAUGCCGCCAGUAGGCGUUGCCAUGCCCCCGCACGGCAGCCACAAGAUGCCUUCGAGCUCCAAGUCUCAGCCGCCGCCGCAGCAGCAACAGCCGCCGGCCCCUCAUCCAUCCGCCUCCAACGCAUCUGCCUCCAAGGACAAGUCCCAGAGCAGCAAGAUGUACCCGAACGCUCCGCCGCCAUACAGUAGUAAUAGUGCCCCCCUGAAUCCACUGAUGUCGCGUGGCGGAUAUCCGGGCGCCAGCAAUGGUUCCCAGCAGCCACCGACUCCUUCCGGUUACGUCGGGCAUCGCAGCAAAUCCGGCUCCACCGUCCAUGGCAUGCCGCCCUACGAGCAGCAAAUGCCUUAUGCCCAGAGCCAAAGCUACGCCCACAUGCAGCAGCCAGUGCCGCAGCAGCAGCAGCAACAUUUGCCACCGGAGGCCAGUCAGCAGCAGUCCAAGAACUCACUGUUCAGCCCCGAGUGGCCCGACAUCAAGAAGGAGCCGCAGCCGCAGCCGCAGCCCUACAACGGACUGCUGCCACCUCCAGCGCCACCGGGUCACGACUACAAGCUGAACAGCCAUCCGCGCGACAAGGAAAGUCCCAAAAAGGAGCGACUCACGCCCACCAAAAAGGACAAGCACCGUCCCGCGAUGCCAAUCAGCAGCAGUUCCUCCGCCUCGGGAUCAUCGAAACCGAUGCUGCCGCCCCACAAGAAACAUGGCGGUGACCUGCUGGCCAAUCCCGGCGAGAGCGGCAGCCUGAAGCGGGCCAACGAGAUCUCGGGCGGCAGCCAGUACGGACUGAACAAGCUGGACGAGCUGGACAGCAGUGCCAUGCCGCGCGAGAAGCUGCGAAAGCUGGACAACACAACUGGUUUACCCACUUAUCCCACGUACGAGGAGAAGCACACGCCCUUGAACAUGUCCAAUGGGAUCGAGACCACGCCGGAUCUGGUGCGCAGCCUGCUGAAGGAGAGCUUCUGUCCGCCCAACGCCUCGCUCCUAAAACCCGAUGCUUUGACCAUGCCUGGCCUUAAACCGCCGGCCGAACUGCUCGAGCCCAUGCCCACCAUGCCGGUGACAAUCAAGAAGGAACCGGGAGUCAGUUUGGCUGGUGGCCCCGCUCCCAUGGACCUGGAAGUGCCCACCAAGCUGGCCGGGGAGAUCAAGGAGGAGAGCAGCAGCAGCAAGUCCGAGAAGAAAAAGAAGAAGGACAAGCACAAACACAAGGAGAAGGACAAGUCCAAGGACAAGACGGAGAAGGAGGAGCGCAAGAAGCACAAGAAGGACAAGCAGAAGGAUCGCAGCAGCAGCGGCGGCGGCGGCAGCAAGGACAGCUCGCUGGCCAAUGAGCCGUUGAAAAUGGUGAUUAAGAAUCCUAAUGGCGCCGCGGCUCCCAUUAAGCUGAAGAUCAGCAAGAACAAGGUGGAGCCCAAUAACUACUCUGCGGCGGCGGGUUUGCCGGCAGCUGCUGGCUAUGGUUUGCCUCCAGCUUCUGCUGCUCCUGCUCCUCCUCCUCCCUACGGCGCCACCGGCGGAUACAGCUCCUCCGGAGGCAGCAGUUCCGGCGGCAGCAGCAAGAAGAAGCACAGCGAUCGGGACCGCGACAAGGAGAGCAAGAAGAGCAAAAGCCAAGACUAUGCGAAAUACAAUGGAGCUGGAGGCGGUGGCGGCGUCUUUAAUCCCCUUGGCGGUGCUGGCGCCGUGCCCAAUUUGAUGGGAGGAAUGGGUGCUCCGCUAGCCAGCAACGCACCACCAUCCAUGCUGAUGGCGCCGACCAGCGCUCUACCGCCCUCCGCCUCCGCCACUGGGCUGGCACCGCCGCCCCCCAUGCCCGUCUACAACAAGAAGUAGUGGUAGCGGUCGCACUUUUUGAUAUAUAUGUAUAGAACCUCAGUAAGUCCGAUGGUAGGCUAGUUGUUAGGUCUGUUUGGUGAGAUGCAUUAUUGAUUUUAGUUAAGCGCAAAGCUAAAAAUCUUAAUGGCGAGUCGAAUCGAGAGGAGAUGGGAGAAGAUAAGAGAAGAGGAGGAACGCAAAACUCAAAACGCGAGAACUUUUGUACAGCAUUAAUUAAUUUAUAACUAUAAUAAAUAGCAUACAUAUACGCCCACAUACAUAAAACACAGACUAGUUGUAAGCGAGAGUUGUUGGCGAACAGGCAGAAUAUUUACACAGAGCAGCAAUGGCCGUCUAGCAUUUAAGUUAGCAAAUCAAAUACCCGUAACACACAAUGUAAGCUGUAUAUAGCCACUCACAAACAAACACACACUCACACAAAACGAGAGAUAUAUAGAACCGACUUCCGCUUAGCAAAUAUACUAAAUACGGCCCCAACUAAAUGCUAAAUGCAAGCCAGACAGAGUAAGAACUUCAGAAUAAUCU